CGAAUUGGUCAGUUGCGGUCGCCAUUUUGUCGGGCAGUCAUCGGGUACGUCGUGUUUCUUUCGGGUUGCUGUAUUUUUUGGAACAAGCACCGCCGAAAAAUUUGGGGUCCGGCACGUUCGUUCGCUCCCCCAAAUGGCUUGUUUGAACACCCUUAAGCAGGAGAUUAAAACUCUUGAGUCCGUCUUCCCUAAGAGCCAUGAGAGAUUUCAGAUAAUGUCUGCGAGUGUGGACGAACUCAGCUGCAGGUUCGUCGGUAAAAAUGGGAAGAAAUACGAAAUACACGCCAAUAUUACAGAAACCUAUCCUUCUACACCACCAGUUUGGUUUGCGGAAUCAGAGGAAACAAGUGUUACAAAUGCGGUACAAAUUUUAAGUACUACUACAGGCCGUGACAACCAUGUCAUUAAUCAAGUUGGGAUUCUCUUGAAAGAAUUAUGUAGACUCCACUCAUUACCUGAACCACCCGAUGUUGAACGGUUAAGGACAGCUUUGGAUCCGUUACGUUUAGGAGGAUCGAACGAAGCAGCGGCACAAAGGAUGGAAGCUGAAGAUGUAGAAGAUAUUGAUGAUGAUGAAGAAAGCGAUGCGGAAGAAGAUCUACAUUUAGAUAUGGACGAAGGAGAUGCCAAUGCAAAGAGUAAGGGUGAAGAAAUAGAAUUGGAACAUCUUGCAACGUUAGAAAGGUUGAGACAAAAUCAAAGACAAGAUUACUUAAAAGGAUCUGUCUGUGGCAGUGUGCAAGCCACAGACAGACUUAUGAAAGAAUUGCGCGACAUUUAUCGGAGUGACAGUUUCAAAAAAGGAAUGUACAGCAUAGAAUUAGUAAAUGACAGUUUGUAUGAAUGGAAUGUCAGGCUGAUGUGUGUUGAUCCUGAUUCACCUUUACACAGCGAUCUCAUACUUCUAAAAGAAAAGGAAGGCAAAGACAGUAUUCUCCUUAACAUGCUUUUUAAGGAAACUUACCCAUUCGAACCCCCAUUUGUCAGAGUUGUGCAUCCCAUGAUCUCUGGUGGUUACGUCCUUAUAGGAGGUGCAAUUUGCAUGGAACUCUUAACGAAACAAGGUUGGAGUUCAGCCUAUACAGUGGAAGCAGUCAUUAUGCAGAUUUCAGCAACACUAGUAAAGGGAAAAGCACGCAUACAAUUUCAAGGACCAGGUAGUGCUAGCAAAGUGUGUGGUCAAGGUCAAUACAGUCUAGCCCGUGCACAACAGUCAUUCAAGUCUCUUGUACAAAUACAUGAAAAAAAUGGUUGGUUUACCCCUCCAAAAGAGGAUGGCUAAUGAACAUGAAUCACGGAGAAAGAAAAGUUUGACGCGUGCUUACAGCUGAGACUUUAAUUCGGUGUGUGCCCAACAAAUAAUUGUUACGAUAAUGAUUUGAUACACAAAACACAACAUUAACUAGGUGGUAACUUAAGAUACUGAAUUAAUCUAAUGCAUAAUUCCAUUUAUAGCUGAAAAGGCUGCCGCGCAAACAGUGAAGUGUUUGAUUAUGUAUGCAUAGAUUUUUCAGUAAUUAGUGAUUAAAUCGCCAAUCGCAUUUGUGAAUGUGAGAUGUAAUCAUUUUUAUCUGGAAUUGAUUCUUACGUUUGGAAUUACUAAGGAUCAUAAUUAUUCCAAAUAACAUUAAUCUUAGUUCUCUUUUCGUGAGUACACAUGUUGUACGUACGUACGAAACAGUGUAAACAUUCUCUGUGAAAAUGCGUUUGCGCAAUCCGUGCUUCCUUUCUUUCAACAGAGGGAACACGACGAUUAUCAACUUAGAUAGUUAUAUUGACAAUUUUUCUAAGUGUUUUUUUAUCAUUGUGAGCUUUCAUUCGUUCCAUUCUAUCUUAUUGUAUCUUAAUUUUUUCAUUGUGCAAUUCAUAAGUAAGUUUGUUUGGACAUAUACAUUUGUUAAAAGUAGACAGUAAACGAAUCUGAUAUGAGAAUAGCGAUGUUUCUGGGGGUAAAGCGAAUUUUGCUAUUACCUUUUGUAUUUACUCGAUGCUUUCAUUCAUUGAUCAACAUGAUUCGGUAAUGUGAACGAGCACACAACUAAAUCAUCACAGUUCUAGAGUAUUUCGAGAUAGUAUAUGAUUUUAAGAAAAUUAACAUCACAUACAAUGAGGCUUUAGAGGUUAUAGUAUUACUUGUAAUUCUACAUACUAUGCAAAAUUCUACAUACUAUGAAAAUAUCUUAUUCACGAAUGAUUUAAUUUAACAGACUAAUGAAAUUAUAUAUUUUCUUUUAUCAAGUAGAAACUUUUUACAUUUUUAUUUUGUUAGAUAUUAAAAUAAUAAACGUAUAUAUUUCUAAUGCUUUACGUUGUCCGCUUUCUAAUUAUUCAUAUUUAAUCUUUAACUAAACUUUAUUCGAGGUUGCAUUCUGCAAAAUAUUUUAUAAUUUACGUUUUAAUUGUCAAACAUUCUUAUAAAUAAAGAAAUCGUAUAGCAAUACUAGGUAGUAUGUAUUUCCUUAACAUAAUUGACUACUACUACACAGUUAAGGGUUGUAUAGAUGUACAGAUACACGUUCGUGUGUUAAUUUCUCGAAACUCUAAUGUUCUUCGAAGUCCGUAUUAUUUUUUCUUAAAUUUAAAACUAAAAAUACGCAAAACAAUGUAGGAUUCGUCAUUUGGUUGUGUGCUUCGUUUGUUAAGCUACUUUUGUUAUAUCGUUUACAAAGCGGUUGAUGUGUGCUUGAGAUUGAUAUAAAGGUUUGGUCUGUAUGUUGGGCGUACGCUCAAGCGAAUUUUUAGUGGUAUUCUAUAUACAUAUAUAUACACAUAAAUAUAUAUCGUGACAAUUUAUUUGCAAUCGAAGCUCUAUUUACACGACGCAUUGAACGUGAAAUUACGCGAGUAAUCGUCGAAAUUUCUUUGUGCCACAGUAGAGUUUACACUGGCCAGUUAAAGGAAACGAUAAGGCAUAACAAGCGAACACGCGUACAUUAAAGGCACCAUUAGGAUCGCGAAAAACGAAUUACCGCUUCUUAAGAAAAAAAAAAAAAAAUUAUAUACACAUGUAUUAUUGCACAUGUAUUUGAAAUUUAUGAGACUAUGCUAUCCUUGUGCGUUUUUCUUCGUGAAAACAUUUUCUUCUAACCGAACGGGUAUCGUUCCCCUGUCUAUAAAAGAAACAAACAAUUAUGGACUUCCGGUUCUUUUUUCACGAUGACUUCAUCCCUAGUUAACGAUAGUAGUCGAUAAAAAUUAUUAUCCUUGUAUGGCAAAGACCGAUGGCCAAACUAUUGCGUAUACGUUUAUUAACAAGCGAAUUUCUACAUUUUUAAAAACGAUUGCUUUUCAUAUACUCGAUAUAUCUUGAUUCCACUCCCAGAACGUCUAUGCGAAAUGUUUCGUACAUACAUACAUACGUACAUGAAACGCGACGUACAUUUUACAAGGCUACACACACACACACACACACACACAUACAGACACACAUACACGCACGACCACACGCAUGUAUACACGCACGCACGCACGCACGCACGCACAUGAGCGCGCGCGCAAACACACACACACACACACACACACACACACACACUCUCUCUCUCUCUCUCUACACACGUCAUAUUAUACAAAGAUAUACAUUUACAUGCGUGCAUAUUAUGCAUUCAUAACACAUGCUCCGAUUCGUGUAUAUAAAUAUACAUAUUCCGUUCCUUGUGUUUCAUCUUCGUACGUUGUACAUAUGCAAAUUUGUAUCAAUUAGUCGACGAAACACGUUCGAACGGCGAUUCGUUUGAUCACUGCGCUAUUGUAUCUGUAAAUUGGAAGAAAAAAAAAAAAAAAAAAAAAAAAAAAAAAAAAAAAUAUGGAUUUGAAACGUACGUGAAUUUCAACGAAUAAUAUAAUAUUUUCAUCGUGUAAUUUAAAUAAUUGUAACUAAUUUUUUUGAAUGUUCGACACACCGAAUUGCACGGGAAAAUAUAAUAUGUAUCUCAGUUUAUGUCUGUGAGGUUGUUCAGAAAACAACGGUACGAAGAUGAAGCGGUACAUAUGUUAUUGGCAAUAACGCAUGUACGAUGCAUCCGUAAAUAUAAUUAUUGGAAUAAUCGAGCGAAGUAGCAUGGGUCAAUAGUUUCUUUUUCGUGGUGUAAUUAAAGGAAAAAGAAGAAAAAAGUAAAGCAAAAAGAAAACAAGAAAUCGUUUGUGAAAUUCGUGCGAGCAGUUUCGUAAUAAAAUCUAGAUUCUUAAGUAUAGGUGUACAAUCGAUGAGCUCAUUGUCAGUGGGUAUCAAUGAUUUGUACAGCCGCACCUGACUGACACUGAGUGAUGGUUGUUUUGACGUCGUUAACCGUUAUGUUCUUUGUCAAAAGAAGAAAAAAAAAACAAAAAAGAAGAAAAAUAACUUUUUAUUUCUCUCGCGUUUGUUAAGUUUUUCUUUCCUUUGAAGAAUUUGCGGAGCGUAUAUUGUAAGCAGCCACGUGGCCUGUAUAUUUUUGCUACAAAUAUCGUUGGUAGUACCCGUUUUUAAAAAUUAAACGUUCUUACGUUCUUUCUUAUUAUUAUAGAAGUAAUUACUAUUAUCUCUCUCGUUUUUCUUUCAUAUAACUCAUUCGAAGUUCUUAGAGAAACUAAAAGAGCUGAUGAAAUACUGACGUAAUAAGAUCGAUUAAAAGCGAAUUAUAUUUAAUGGUUUAUAUCAAUUAUCCGUAAAUCCAUGCUCAUUUUUCUUAGCUGUUAAACGAGACGAACUCUUUCGCAGAUGCAGAAGUAAUGAGAAUUUUUGUAAAAAAAAAAAAAAAAAAAAAAAAAGCGCGCGAAGCGUGUAUUCUUUAUUUGAUCGUUAUUGAUGUUCGAUGAGAUACACGAAUACAAAUUUGAAUAUACACGAAUUUGCAAAUCGAAGUCUUGGCUCUUUUGUUAUUUGUUAAAAUUUAUUCAAAAGAUAUCUUACAAAUGACGGAGUUUACUAACGAUAGAAAGAUGUUAAGCAAAAUUUCUCCUUACUUUUGCAUCGAAAUUAUAAUAUAAUUUACAAAAAGGAAAUAUACUGUGUUUCUUUGAUCAAAGUAGAUCGAAUUUCCCUUUGGUUGUAAUUACAAAGAAAACGGAGAAGAAGAGCGCGUUGAAACAGAAGCGUAGUAAGUAAAAGUAAAUGAUUUUUUACGGAUUCGCUUCUCAAAUAACGAGAGUAGUUUGUAUACCUGCGAUAUGCUUGAACGAAACUUUCAAUUUUUCACGAUGAUUUUACAAUGAACUGUCGAUUUGAAGACUGGUUAAAAAAAAAAAUGAAAACACUUCUUGCGUUCCUUUUUCCACUCUUAAGAUUUGUGCGUUAUCACGACCUUCUAUUCUCUAAUUGCUAUGGGCGAGUAACCGAACGCUAAACGAUCGGCCUGUAUCGUAAUGAAAGCUCUAUUUUUUAUGUAUUUGAUUUCGUGUAAAAUAUAGGACGAUACUGGUGUUUCCGGUUAAACAGAUCGGAAGAAAGAUUUGCGAAUAUAAAUGUGCCUAGUUUUCGAAUGUAUUUGUGGCAAAAAUAGUGAAUUUGUUAUUAGAGGGUCUCAAGUUCUCCCUUGCUUUCCCGAUACCGUGCUUUUCUAAAAGGUUUUCUAAAAGGUACUAUUCUUAAUCCAUUAAGGGCCAACAUUCCAUUUGAAAUUUAUUUGCGGUCGGUUUACUUGUAUUUGAAUUCUGUCUUUUAACAUUAUGAUUAUAAAAAGGAUUUGUAAGCA